UUCACUCUGUGUUGCUUGACACUGGUGCAAGAUGUCGUUCAUUCUUUCUGGACCGAAGCUGAAUCCCAAAUGCGCAUCGCUGACCGAGGCAUCUUUUUUAUAAAGGGACAAGCUUCUCCCCCCUAAAAAUGGCAUUUGACAUGUAGCGCGGGACAAGGGACAACCAGAGCUUUAUUCUGGAAGGAACACUAAUUGGAAAUCGUCAAAUUUAUGGAGCCGUUAAGAUUUUGCAUUGUGAAGAAUUGGUGUGAUUAACGAGUGACCGAGUAGGUAGGCUACUCUUACCUCGUGCAUGAUAACAGACAAAUGAGACGGUAGGAUGUUGUCAAGCAAACAGAUGUGAAAUGAAUGCCAACAUCUGUCUGCAAAUCUCUUCAAGCUUGAAGCCGGAGCGGGAUUUUUAGGGUGCUCUCUGUGAGGUGCGAUAGAAUAAAAUGCUGCGCAUCACCGCUGCUACUACAGGUCACUCGAAUCUCUGAAGCAGAGACAGGAAUUUAUUAUUGACCUUUUUGUGUGUGUGUGCUUAGACGUUUGCUGCUUCUGCAACGCAUCGAGGAGGAUGGUCUUUGCCCUACAUGUGAUUGUCAUGUCUUCGGCAUUUUUCAAUCCCAGUUUUGCCUUCAGCUCCCACUUUGAUACAGAUGGCGCUCCGCUGAGCGAGCUGUCAUGGCCUUCAUCACUGGCAGUGGUAGCUGUCUCCUUUUCUGGACUCUUCACCUUUAUCUUCCUCAUGCUGGCCUGCCUGUGUUGCAAGAAAGGAGACGUCGGCUUCAAGGAGUUUGAAAACACCGAGGGAGAGGAGUACCAGGCAGAUCUCUCCGCUCUGGCCUCGCCUUCCUCCCAGAAUGGCCCCGAGGUCUACAUCCUUCCCCUCACUGAGGUCUCCCUGCCCGUCUCCAAACAGCCUGGCAGAUCCAUCCAACUGCUGAAAUCAUCAGACCUUGGGCGCCAUAGUCUACUCUAUCUAAAGGAAAUUGGACAUGGCUGGUUUGGCAAGGUUCUGCUGGGUGAGGUCAACGCUGGCCUCAGCACCACCCAGGUGAUUGUAAAGGAGCUGAAAGCCAGUGCCAGUGUCCAGGAUCAGAUGCAGUUCCUCGAGGAGGCUCAGCCAUACCGAACCCUCCAGCACUCGGCCCUCCUGCAGUGCCUGGCACAGUGCUCAGAGGUCACUCCUUAUCUGCUGGUCAUGGAGUUUUGCCCCAUGGGUGAUCUGAAGAGCUAUAUGCGCAGCUGUCAGGUGGCUGACUCAGAGAUGCCCGACCCUUUGAUCCUUCAACGAAUGGCCUGUGACAUUGCCUCAGGGCUUGUGCAACUCCACAAAUACAACUUCAUACACAGUGACUUGGCCUUGCGAAACUGCCUGCUAACUUCCGAAAUGUCAGUUAAGAUCGGAGACUAUGGUCUUUCUCAGAGCCGAUACAAGGAUGACUACUAUGUAACACAAGACCAGAUGUGGGUGCCCCUGCGCUGGAUUGCACCUGAGCUCAUAGACGAAGUCCAUGGAAACCUGCUGGUUGUUGAUCAAACAAAAUCCAGCAACAUAUGGUCAUUGGGGGUGACUGUGUGGGAGCUGUUCGAGCUGGGAAACCAGCCGUACAGACACUACUCUGACAGACAGGUGCUGACAUACGCUGUGAAGGAACAGCAGCUCAAACUUCCCAAACCCCUGAUCCAAUUCCCUCUGGCUGAGCGCUGGUAUGAGGUGAUGCAGUUCUGCUGGCUGCAGCCAGAGCUGAGACCUAGCAGCGAGGAAGUCCACCUUCUGGUCACAUACUUGUGUGCCAAAGGCUCGAGUGAGGCUGAGGAAGACUUUGAACAACGUUGGAACACCUUGAGACCCAACCUGUUCAGCAGCACUUCCCACACAGCCACGGCCCUGGUCCUGACCCCUACGCCCGCCUCGGCCGACAUCCCCAGUCCAGACCAAAUUCAGACAGUGGAGCUGGCCUCCUCUGCCUCGUCCUCCUUCCCCCUCCUGGAGCACUUCUCCGACGGCUUACACUCCGACACGGGGGAUGAUUUGCUGACCGUCACAGAGACAAGCCAUGGUCUCAACUUUGAGUACAAAUGGGAGCAGGGCCGAGCCGAGCAGCCUUACUGCUCCUCCUCCACCAGCGGGGCACUGGGUCAGGGGAACCCAUAUUACCAGGAUAUCUAUUAUUCAAGUAAAGGAAGCACCUCAGGGGGUUGCCAGUCUGACGGCCUGACAUCAGGUACAUCCCCAUCCUAUUUUGAACCGGAACACCCUGGUGUGGUCCCAGUGUUGAGUGCCCACAGCCCCUCGGUCAGCAGUGAGUAUUACAUUCGCAUAGAGGAACCAAUGGAUUGUAACAUUAACCUGGACGACAGUGAGGUGGACUGCAGCCCGGAGUUAAAGGCCAGCUGCAGCCGACUGUCCUCUGAGAGUCUAAAUGGUCAAUCCAUGGCACAGCCCAGCGGUUACUGGUCAAUUGACAACAACAAAUCUACUGCCUAUGACUCCGAUUCAAGCCCCACUGUGCAACUAAGUAUGGAGCCACUGCUGAGGCAGUCAUCCAGCACCAGCCCUGUGAAGCUAGGCCACUCGCACAGCUGCUUCUCAUCCAGUCAAGAAAACACAAUCUACUGUGAACGGUCAUCAGCGCACAAGGCCCGCCAAUCCUGUCCGUCUGAACUGGAUGCAUCGCCCGCUUCCAAAUCAAACCUUGUCCAUCCGGUUGAGCGUUUGGAUAAUCCGCGUAGUUUGUCACAAGCCGUAAGCAGCCCAAGUUUAGGGUUCUGUGAUCCCUACCUUGAAGCCGGCACAGGCCGCAGCGCAGUUAAUGAAAGCUUCCAUAAUAUGAUGGGUCCCCUGGGAAAAACUUUACCCAUUGUUAACCACAUUAGCAUUGACGUCGGGACCGAUGACGGCCUGCUGGUGGGCCAACAGAGAGGCGACGACAUUGAGGAUGACCUUUUCUCGGAAGGAGAGGCCACUAACUGGACCUCAAACCAUUCAGCAAACAAUAAUAGCCUGAGUUUUGACAGCCGGCAGACAGGCAGCGGGCAUGAUGGCUAUCUACAACUCCAAUAUGCUGCUCACUCUAACACAACCGAAUUAUGGUCUUUAACCAAGGCCACCACCAGAACCUUCCACGGCUCCAGGUUUUGUGACACCUCGGAGACAGAAAGAGGAGACUCUGGUUGUAACGCCGCCAGCAAGCCCAGCAAAUUAGGCUCAUACAUGCACUUAUGUCACAAAGAAAAAGAGGAAGCUACCACUCAAUCAGAAAAUGAUUCAACCACAGAACAUUUAAGAAGUAUGUUUACUCUUACCAGCUCAAGUAUUAAUGUCAGAACUGCGCAGGGUGGAAAUUUGGACGGACAAUAUCAAAAGCAGGGAGAAAGACUGUACUCUGAGCCCAAAAUGAUACCCGAGGCAAGUUAUAUAAAGUCUCCGUCCUCUUUCAAGGAGGCUCAGACUGGUCAGACGGGAGCCCUAUCAGACAAGCAGCAAGUUAACUUGUGGGAGGGAUUUACAACAGGAAUCCCCAUUGGUAUUGGAGACAAAAGGCUGAACCUUUCAGACACACCAGAAAGCAUCAGAAUAUUGGAUGGUGGGAUUGGCAUCAGAAAUUCCAGCAUUAGCUUGGUAGAGCUUGGUGACUUUAGUGAGGAUGAUGAUGAUGACAUCACAGAUAUCGCGUCAGGGAUCUUUGCCGACUUCAAUCUGGACUAUGCUGACAUAGACGAAGAAGAGCUUAGCCCACUAAAGCACCCAGAGGGAACUCCUCACUGUGUAGACACCCUUAACCGGUCCUCGUCCAUGGCAAGCCCUUCGAAUCAGGCCUUCAGCCCCGAUGCGUUCAACAACCCGGUCCUACCCAAAUCCCUGGACAGCGGCUAUGACACAGAAAAUAAUGAGUCUCCAGAGUUUUUCUUCAAAGAGCUUGGAGAUCCUCCGGGUGACGAGAGGAGCCUUAGGCUGGGUGGAGAGCCAGAACUAGUCCUCCAGGUGGGUUUGGGACAAAGGGUCUGCACUUCGUCAAGCACGUCCAAGCUACAGAUAAAGAGCCUGAAUGACAAGAACGCAUGCAGGGAUUCAGCCUAUUUCUCAGACUAUGAUGCUGAAAAUGAGAGGAGCCCUCAAGAGAAAGGCAGUGGGUUCCUUUCAGGUCCAAGUAUCUGUGACUUCCCUGCAGAUAAAUUCAGGUCUAUCAAAGUAGACCAUAUGGUGAAAAGGCAAUUAAACCAGAAACAUGUUAGUGAAAGUUUUCUUUUGGUGAAUCACUUAGAUCCUGACCGUGACUCCAACCAUCCCCUCCCAACCCCUGGCUUGUCCAUGCUAUCACCAUUUCCUCCACAGAUGGGUGGCUGCCUGACUAAAGAGCCUGGCCCUGCAAACGAUGACCUUGGGUUUGACACGGAGCACUCAGGAGAGGAACUUUACUCAGAGCUUAACUCCUCCAUUGGGUCUGGGGCUUCUUCCACUGCCCAGGAGGCUUCAGGGAACCACGAUCAGGGGAACAGGAGAGCAGAAGAUCAUUCUCCUGUUCAGUCUUUGCAUUCUGACUCUACCAUGUCUGACUACAGAGAAGAGGCUUCCAACAAAACUGAUAGUGCUGAUGGAUCCACAGAGGAAGAGCCGCCCGAGUUCAAUCACGUCAUUGAGGAGACGAAGGACAGAAAUGAGGGUGUGAGAAUAAACGAGGAAGACUUUGAGGACAUAGACGCAGGGGAAUGUGACUCACAGGACAGCUUAUGUGUGGAUUCCAGUGGCCCUGUCAACCUGUCCUCUUCCUCGUCAUUGUUGGAGCUGUGCGGAGGUGAUGUGAGAGCGCCACUGGAAGAGGCAGAGGAUGAAGACGAUUCGGAUGACAGCGAGUCCGAUGAAGAGUUGAGGACUUACAACAUCCAAGAUGAAGAGAGUGAGGAGAGUGAGGACGAUUUGACCCCAGUGCCAGUGGUGAUAAGCGACAGCAGCAGGGCCAGACACCUGCGCAGUCUCCUGAAGAUGCCCACAUUGCUCACCCAGUCCUUCUGUGAUGAGUUGGAGGGGAAUAAAAAAGCGGUGUCCUUUUUUGAUGAUGUCACCGUGUUUCUUUUUGACCAGGAGAGUCCCACCGGAGAGCUGGCUGAUUUCGCCUUCUCCGCUGGAACAGAGUCCAAUGGACAGGAAAAAAACACUGACAACCAGCUGCAGCCUGACCCUGAACUGGAAAUUCGUUCCUGUGAACCGCUCUGUGCUCCUGAAGAAAAAGAUGGGAACAACUCAGAGACGGAUGGGGGUUAUGAAUGGAAAGAUGAACUCUUGCUAGAGCCCCGUCCGCCUUCACCUGACGCCGUCCCAGAGGCGCCACCCUCCUGCACAUCCUGCUCCACCCUUCCUGAGGCUCCAAAACCUGCAGCCGUAGCACUUAACCGUUUUAUGGUGUCACGAUUCUCUAUCACACAUGUCUCCGACCACCAUGUUGGCUCAGCAACAGGUAACAGAGGAGAUAGCCCUAAAGACUGACCGCCCCCACGAUGACUGGAUGAGGACGAUUCCAGGUCCUUCUCAAUAAAGCAACAUAUAAUAUAUUUAAAUGUUUUACAGAGUUUUAUUUUUUAUCAACAUUUGGAGCAUCCGGCCCUUGUGACCGGUUGAGAAAACCCUCAAUUAAUUGCACUUUUUUCUUGUUUUGUUUCGAGGCUUAAAGUGACAGCUGCUGGUGCGGUUAAUCUGAGUGAGAGAACCGAGCCAGUGGACACAAAUAACAAUGCCUGAGAAUUGUUGGAUAAGAAUCUAUCGUUGAUUUCCAAACGCAAAACCAGACUUUUUCACAGCUGUGGGUGGUGGUGGUGGUGAUGGUGUUUGGAGAUAGAUGUGCUGGAACUUAUUUAGUCCCUUAAUUGAAAUCAUAUCGAUGGUGUAUUUGCGAUGCUACGUUUGUGGGAAUAGGAUGAAGGAAAUGAAGUUGUCACACAAUUAAUUAUCAACAACACUCACUCUGGUUAAUGAUAACCUUCAGUAUGUGUCUAAAGAGAACAUAUCUGUCUGAAGCACUUUGUAUAGCCAAAAUGGGUCUUUCAUUGUACAAGUUGUGGCUCCGUUGCCCCUCCCCAAUCCUAGAAUGAAAAUAUCUAAACAUGUGAGUUUCUUUAUUUUUGUCCUCAGUGCCAGCUACAGUUUCACUUUAUUUGUGGCAUAGUCACUUUGUCUAUGUGACGUUUCAUCUGCAAUCGUGACCCCAAAGAGAGAGGCGUUUCAACACUACUGAGCGGUGUCAUGCAAAUAUGCCAUUUAUGUUGAAUGUAAACCAUGCCUAUGUUCUGCAUCUACGUAUUGUCCAUAGUGUCAUACAUGGUGUAUUCUAUUAGACUUUUGCAGAUUGCUCAGAUUUGGAGGUGUAAAAAAAAAAAAAAAAAGACCUCACACAAUGUAUGAAUGUUUUAUCAACAUGUAGCAGGUAGCUUGACCUGAAUUACUACUGCUGUUUUGUCGGCUCCCUUCCCUUCUCUAUCCGGCUGUAGCUCAAAGUGCCAAUUCAAUUUCCUCUCACCUUGCCUUUUAAUUACUGCAAGAGAAAACGUUGCUAGUAUUUUUGUACGAUUUGAAAAAGAUGCAAUCCAGGAUGAUGGUCUAAAAUUUGGCAGGGACAUUACGAGGCCUAUUGGCUAAAGAGGCAGACACCUUUGGAGACGGUGAGGUGGGUUGCUCUGUCCAUCGGUAGUAACAUCCUUGAUGUUUCCAUUUCCUCAUCACUCAUUGCUAUUGUGCUGUCCCAAACAAAUAAAUCCAAAUACUUUUUUUCCCUUG